AGUGCCACUAAAGAGUAUUAUGAGGCCAUCAAAGGCCUGUGGAUUAUAGUAAUCCUGUCCACCAGAGUUGGGUAUCACACACAUGUCAUUCCGGCACAGCUGAAGAAGAAGAUGGACUGUGCUGCUGCGUUCUUCCUCCUGCUCCUUUCUCAGGCCGUGAUCACGGUCAGAUCACAGGAGGAAGAAGAGGAGGCCGUCCAGCAGGAGCAGGAGCAGGAGCUGCAGGAGGAGGAGCAGCAGGUGAUCGAGUCGUGGACGCGCAACGUCAAGGCCUGCACCUGUGACUGUGAGUCCGUUGAUUCGCCCACGCGCAGCCCCGUUGCCAUCUCGCCCGCGCCGUCGAUGACCUCACUGCCACCACCUCAGGGUCACCCACUGAACUGCAUGCCAGAAUGCCCGUACCACAGACCGCUGGGUUUUGAAUCGGGAUCCGUGUCCUCCGACCAGAUCAGCUGCUCCAGCCAGGACCAGUACACCGGCUGGUACUCUUCCUGGACCCCCGGCAAGGCUCGCCUAAACAACCAAGGAUUUGGGUGUGCCUGGCUGUCCAAGUUCAACGACCAGCACCAGUGGAUCCAGAUCGACCUGAAGGAGGUAGGGGUGGUGUCAGGGAUCCUCAGCCAGGGCCGCUGCGACGCGGACGAGUGGAUCACCAAAUACAGCAUCCAGUACCGCACCGUCGAGACGCUCAACUGGAUCUACUACAAGGACCAAACAGGAAACAACAGGGUCUUCUACGGGAACUCUGACCGCUCCUCCACCGUGCAGAACCUGCUGAGGCCCCCCAUCGUGGCGCGUUACAUCCGCCUGCUGCCUCUGGGCUGGCACACCCGCAUCGCCGUCAGGAUGGAGCUGCUGAUGUGUAUGAGCAAGUGCAUCUGAAGACGAACGGGCCCGCUCUUCCAUCCGACAUUCACCCGUUUCCUGCCAAAAAGCCAAAAAAAAAAAAAAAAAAAAGACCCUCCCAAAAAAAAGGGCAUUGAUCCAACACUGACACACUCAGUACCUCACAUUUGUCCUUGAGCAUGCCUGCUGGAGACAGCCACACAUUUUCAAACACCAACGAAAUGAAGGCAGUGUUGGAUCAGCCGUUUGAGAACCUGAAGACAUGCUCACAUCUCGCUUCUGAGGAUUAAAAACUUGAAAUUGUUUGAAUCAAA